CCCACCCUCACUCCAGCUCUCCCCUUCCCUUCCCCUUCCCCUUUUCUACAUUGUUUCGAGCAAUUUCUUCACAAUAGUACGUAAUGCUCGUCAAGACUAUUGCCUUCUCCCUUGCAGCUUGUGCCAGUCUAGUCACAGCUGCCACUAUCCCCCCUAGCAAGUUCGUUGUUUUUGGUGCCUCGGGCGAGGACAAUGGCAGUACUGCGCAUCUUUCGACGAUGAGUGCAUACUGGAACGGCCGCUACAGCUCUGGCCCUGUCUGCUCGGCUACACACUCAACGACGAUCGCCUAUGGCGGUGCCACUACUAACAACCAGUUCGUCUACGCCCAAGGCAAAGAUGGAUCGAUCAAGUCUGUCAAAGACGCAAUUGCCGACUACCUGGGCAACAACACCAAAGAGACUACUACCCAGCGCGCUGGUCACUAUGUGCUGACCGACAGUGGUGGCAACGAUGUUUUCUACUCUCUCGACAGCCUGGCCGCUGGCACCGACACCCCGGAUGCCUUUGCUUCCAAGCUGGCAACGUACGUCUAUGCCAAUGUUGCCACUCUUCUUGACGCUGGAUUCCGCAAGAUUAUCAUUGCCAAUAUCCAGCCGGUUGGAAUCAUGCCUAUCACUACCGACCUCGGAAUCACCGACCUGGGAAACACACUUGAGACUGCCAUCAUCAAUGCACACAAGUCCGCCCUUGCUUCACUAAAGACCAAGUACGGCAGUGCUGCCAGUGGUGUUCGCAUUUUUGAUUUGGCUUCCGCAACACGUGUUGCCAACGACUACCAGCUCACCGAUGCUAUGGCCAUCAAUCCGGCCGACCGACAGAACCUGCUCGGCGUUGUGCUAUACAACUGGGAUUAAGACGCCGGCCUGGGCGCUUAGCGUGCAAAACUUCCUGACCAUUGUCAAAAACUACAAUAUCGCCAGCGUCAACGGCACCAACAACAUUGUGUGGAGCAGCUAAACAUACG